AUUGGGAGUGGCUAACGGGUAAUGUUCGAAACAUUAUGUCACUGUUUGGUCAAGUGGCUGAUUCUCCUCCCACCAAAGUUCGUCAUGCGGCAAUGGCUCUGCCACCAGCGUGUUCAGAGCGACGACCCACUGAUUCGAGACGUGAGGCAGCCGGCCGACUUGGGCGACCCGCAAUUACACAACGACCCACCGUGCAUCCCGACAAUCUAGCUAGCUGUGCAAAAGAACGCGUUCCGCAUCGAGACAAAACUCCGACUGACCAUGUGAGGCUAGAACACUCCAACGGAACAAGCAGCAUGAACCAGGGGCAGGAGAGUGCUCCCGUGUUCACGGAGAGAUGGACACAAACCAGCAAUACGACGCCAAGGACCGCACACGCGCGCGCCCCUCCCCCCCCCAAUUGGGAGGACAGCGGAUGA